CACGUUCGUUCUCUCACGUGCUCGGUCCCAGGACGUGUCUAGCACAGAUUGGAUUGUUGUUGUUGCUCCCAAAGUAUUUUGACCGACUACUUUAAUUAAUCGUCAACGAUGGGAACCCGCGAUGACGAAUACGACUAUUUGUUUAAAGUUGUUCUCAUUGGAGACUCAGGAGUUGGAAAGAGUAACCUGUUGUCGCGCUUCACAAGGAAUGAGUUUAACUUGGAGAGUAAAAGCACCAUCGGGGUGGAGUUUGCCACCCGCAGCAUCCAGGUGGACGGGAAGACCAUCAAGGCUCAGAUCUGGGACACUGCUGGGCAGGAGCGCUACAGAGCCAUCACCUCUGCAUAUUACCGGGGUGCAGUUGGAGCUCUUCUGGUUUAUGACAUCGCUAAGCAUUUAACAUAUGAGAACGUGGAGCGCUGGCUGAAGGAGCUGAGGGAUCACGCCGACAACAACAUUGUCAUCAUGCUGGUGGGGAAUAAGAGUGAUCUCCGUCACCUCCGAGCUGUGCCCACCGACGAAGCCAAGGCCUUCUCAGAGAAAAAUGCUCUGUCAUUUAUUGAAACCUCUGCGCUGGACUCCACUAAUGUUGAAGAAGCCUUUAAGAACAUUCUCACAGAAAUUUACCGCAUUGUGUCUCAAAAGCAAAUAUCGGACAGAUCUGGACAUGAUGAUUCUCCAGGCAACAAUGUGGUAGAUAUCAGUGUGCCCCCAACUAUGGAUGGGCAGCGGGGCAACAAACUUCCUUGUUGCCAAAACCUGUAAUGCUUCAUUUCCCCCCUUUACUUUUAGUUUCUACCUGCAAGUCCUCUUUAUUUGUGGUUGCUGUCCUGUCAACAUUUUACUCUCAUGGCUACAGAUUGUUUGGCUCAGAAUCUGUUCACGCCUGGUUUUAGGAAGCAGUUUUGAUCAGGUCACAAGCUGCAAAUAGAAAUCUGAAGAUGUCACAGCUUAAGAUGCAACUAUAUUCACACACUGGACUCUGCAUUUGACGUGUGAAGGACUGCUCUCAGAAAAAGUAGAUUUCUUGAAUGCUGCUUCAAAUGCCAUUUGAUACCUCUGCUUUCAAUAUUACAGUCAUAUUUGGGGCACGGAUUACUCCUAUUCCUUCAUCGUGCCUGUGCUGCAUUUCAUGUUUUCUUGCACUCUUGGUCACAGAUAUCAAAGAAUCCUCUGCAUCACACCCUGCUUCUCAGGUUGUUUUUGAAAUGAACAAUUGAAUGUUUAAAACCACAAGACUUCAUAAUCACAUUUACUCAUACAAAGUGGGACUAAUAGGGAAAUCUAAUCUGAUGUAAAGGUAACAUCCUUGUUUAAUAGCUUUCAUUUGAGCUGUGACUUUGACUCCUGUAAAGUGUACAGGAGCUAGUUCUGGCACAGUCCUUGGGAUCCACCAUAAUAAAGCCACAAAUCUAACAGAGUCGCCCAAGCACAACGCAGGCGGCAAUAAACUGAUUGAUGACUAAAUGUUGGUGCGAUCCUGACACUAAAAGCAUGUAACAAUCCUUAUCUCACCUGUGAACUGAUCAUCAAACCUGCGGUGGAUCUGGUGUGAACAGUCUUUUCAUGCUUUUUUUCAACAUUCCUCUUCCUGAUUUUUUCUUUGCUUCUCUGUCCCUGGGCUUUGCCAUUUGUUUUGUUGCUAAAACAUGUUAUGGCACAAAUCAGGAGGUUUUGCUAUGACAGUGUGAUUCUUUUAACUCUACUCUAAUAAACUGUCCUAUACUGUACGUCUUAUUGACCCACUCCUAGUCAGUGGGGUGGUGAGGGAUCUGCAAGCGUCUUGAGCUCUCAACCAUGUUGGCUCUCGGAGCAGGUGGGGAGGGGAAAACAUUUGCAGUGUCAGUGUGGUCUCUGGAGUUUCUAGUUGCCUAUCUCACUGUUGACUUUUUUUUCCCUUGGACACCUGCUACUUGACAUGAGCUGGAAGUAAACUAGCUGUGACUGUCUGACCUAAUAAGGGCAAGCAGGAACCCAACAAAGUUUUUUUAUUAUUAUUAUUUUUGUGUGUUAAUCUUUGUGCACAGAAUUACCAAAGGAUGCAAUCAUUAUCUGUUGUAAGUUCUCUUCUUCAUGUGUGUCCAAGGCUGAGCAACAUUGCUGUAUUUGGCCAAACCCAUCUGGGCCUUCUGCGAAUGUGUAAUGCUAUGUACCAAAAUAAUGUUAUAAAUUGUGGUGACUGAAUUAUUGUUUGCUCAAUGAUGGCAUCAGCCUCGAACAAGCCUCGCACACACUUCCUCCCCGGGGUCGGCAGGCUGACGCUAAAUGGAAAGCCUUUGUACUUUUGCACUUCCAAUCAUUUCAAUGCAACACAUCACAUGGUUUUAUCCAUCCGCAUGUUGAAGACAUUUUCCUCUAAAUUGUAAUGAAGACUGUUGGUCAGGGUCAUUUCAACGUGUUCCUGUUAAAGAGGAUCAACAGAUGGAACCUGAGAAUGUUUUGAAUGGAAAAUGAAGCUACUAAAAACACAAACUCAUGUCACGAGUGAUACAUCGUCUGUCCGUGUUACUAUGGCUCAGUGGAAAUUCAACUCUCAAGCAUCAAUAAAUGAAUGACUCAAGCA